GGGGGGGGGGGAAGGGCAGAGUCAGGACGGCGUUUGUGCCUGCUCGCAAGUAUCACUCCCUCCUUGCAGAUUCUCACACGGCUCUCAGCACAGUAAAAAGCCUUUCAAACCCAACCACCAAAGAUCCUGUUCCUGCAAACAAAAAUGGCAACAGAGGACGGUUUCAGCUACCUGAUGGGAGGUCAGAGCGAGAAGCACAGGCGGGCCCCCAACUGGACCGACGGCGAAAUGAAAGCCCUCCUGUACGUGUGGGAGGAACACCACCACGAGCUGAAAAUGAGCAAGAGGAACGCCAAGGUUUACGAGAAGAUGUCCCAGCGGUUUUACCAGCUGACCGGAGAGCAGCGCUUCAAAGAGGAGAUCAAGAUGAAAAUCACCAACAUGUCAUUUCAGUACAGGCGACUGAAAACCGUGGUUUGUGAAAGCGGGGAGACGCCAGACUGGCCGUACUUCAAGGCCAUCGAGAAGAUCCUCUCCAAGCCGCCGGAGAACGGGCGCCUGAGCUCUCUGGAGUUUCAGGCCUCCGCCGCAGGUCCCUCCACUUCCUCCCAGUCCGCAGACAACCCGGCGCCCCAGUCCGAGGAAGGGGGGCUGGGUUACCUGCCGGAGUACACAGGCUCCUCGGACGAGAUGGAGAUAAAACAAGAGCUGGACUCGUUGAGCUCCGACAGUGAGACGCAGGAUUCCAGCUCUCACCCCACCUCAGCCAGGAAAAGACACGCCAACAAGCACCUGUCCAUGAAGAGGAAGAAACUGCGGGUGAUGCAGGCCAUGCUACAGCAACAGAAGAAGUCGAGUCGGGCCAUCGAGGAGACGUGCAGGGAGGUACGUCGCGCCAUGCACCAACAGAACCUCCUGCAGGUCCAGUGCCUGCAGCUGCAAGAGCGCAUGAUGAACCUCCUGGAGAAGAUGAUCCAGCCUCCCUCCGCUGUGUCAGCCUCCUGGGGUCAGGGCGGCGUCAAAGAUCCAGCGAAGCCAUGAAGCAUGAGGGUUAAAGUGGUCUUGCCUCACUUAAAGCCUUGUUGGAGCGAGAAGAGAACGAUAUUUAUUUUGGAUUUCAGUUCAACAGUUUGGGAUGCAAAUGUCAAAGUGUAGCUCUCAUCAGUGCAGGAAGGUGCGGUAAUUUGAUGUAACCGUUUUUUGAAAGGGGAGUGGAUGGAAUGACCCGUGUUAAUAACCGUACUGGCCAUGUGCCGGCACUUGAGCAUCUUGCGUGUGUCAGACACCAAUGUGAACUUUUAUGUUAGGGAUAGCUAUGAGAUCUAGCUAUUAGAUCAGAUCCUAUAUUGUGAUCAUUUGUCAAGUAAAACCUGUGGGAGAAACAGCGUUGCAAAAAACAGACUUAUCUGGUCACUUUUUUUUACUCUGCCAGGAUAAUUACAAGAUGAAAGACACCAAAACAAUUGGUGGUCAAAAGGUCAACAUACACGGCUGAAGCCCACAGAGAUAUUUAUCUAUUUUGUGAAUCGUAUUUAGCUGCGAUGAAUGCAAAUCAAAAAAUGUUUGAGUCCACACUGACUCAUUUUUCUGUUCAUAUCCAGCACAUUGUGAUUGUGCGUUACUGUGACCACGCUGGACAUGGCUGCCUGCCUGCACACUAGUAGGACAGACUAAGCCCGAACAGAUAACAUGCAGCGUAAUCGUGCAUCAUGCAUCAUGCAUUGUGCUCCAUAGAAUAAGAUUAAGGCCCAAGCCAAACGGACACGGAAACAGAUUAACAUUUCAAUUCUUGAGAAUGCAAAGAUGUCCUGUUUUUUGUAUGCAUUUCUGCCAAAUAAAACAACACACAG